CAGAGAAGAGGAGAGAGAGACACCUGCAGCCUCUGGAAACUUUCUGCCAUACUGGUGUGUGUGUGUGCGCGCGUGUGUGCGUGUGUGUGUGUGUGUGUGCGUGUGUGUGUGCGUGUGUGUGUUGUGUGUGACAGAGCAAGAGCGCUAGGUAGAGGAGGGGAGAGCAGAGCUGAGUGGAGCUGAGAGAGGAGUCCAGCGGCCAGAUAAGAGGUCAGAACAGAGGGAGCAGCAGAAGGACAUGCUGCUCUGACCUCCAGGCUAAAGCACCUUCGGGAAGCAGGAACGCUCGCUCAAAAACGGAUUUCUAAGGAUUUUCUGUGAUGCUCCUCUUCAACGCUAAAGUUCUGUGCCUCGUGGUGCGUCUGCCUCCAGAGGCGAGGUGUGAGCAUGGCGACUGUGUGCACUGACGACACGUCCUGGAUGUUUGCCGCAUGGAACCGGAACAUGUGCCCCCUGCAUGCUGACGUCAUUGACCACGCCGCACCCAGCGCAGUGUUCUGUGGGACUUUCUCAAGAUGUUAACCUCAGGCCAGCGUCAGAAUCCAGGGGCACCAUGGCCAGUAAUGUGACACCCAGCGAUGGGCUGGAAGAGGCCCAUGAACAGUACAACUACCUGGCUUUGGUGUGUGGUGUGCCCCUCAUCCUCAUCAUAAUCCUGGGUAACGUGCUGGUGUGCCUCAGCGUACUGACCGAGAGGUCCCUCAAAACUGCCACCAACUACUUUAUCGUAAGCCUGGCCGUGGCGGACCUGCUGUUGGCAGUUCUAGUCCUGCCGCUGUAUGUGUACUCAGAGUUCCUUGGAGGAAAGUGGACUCUCAGCAUGUAUAUUUGUGACGCCUUGAUGACCAUGGAUGUGAUGCUCUGCACUGCAUCCAUCCUGAAUCUUUGCGCGAUCAGUGUCGACAGGUACAUAGCAGUGGUCGUUCCUCUGAAAUACAACCGGAACCAGUUUAGUGUUCGUCAGCUGGCCCUGAUCACGGCCACAUGGGUGCUGUCCCUGGGCGUGGCCAGUCCCGUCAUAUUCGGCUUGAACCAGGUGCCUAACAGGAACAAGCACGUGUGCAAGCUGGAAGACAACAACUUUGUGGUCUACUCCUCCGUGUGCUCUUUCUUCGUACCCUGUCCUGUGAUGCUCCUGCUCUACUAUUGGAUGUUCAGGGGCUUGAAGCGCUGGAGCUCGGGCCGCAGCCGCUCUCACCUCAGCCGGGCCCCUGGGGGCCGCCACAGUCUUUCUCUGCGACUGGGGGCAGCGCUGCAGAGGGAGAAGGGCAGGGCUAGGGAGAAAGUGGUGUACCUCAUGCCGGGAGGCCUCAGUCCCACCUCACUCUCAGCAGUGCCCGCCAGCCCACUAUCCCCCACCAGCCCGCUGUCCCCCACCAGCCCAGUCACCCUCAGCCCAGAUGAGCUACCAGAGGGGCAAAGCCCAGCGGCUGACAGCGACCCAAUGACCACACAGAUGGACAGCGUGUCAGAUGCGGAGAACGCGGAAAGGGCUGCUGAAGGUGGAAGCGUACGAGAGAAUGGCUUGGGGAAACACCACGAGGUCCGAAGGGCACGGAGACACAGCAAGAGCAGCAGGGUGAGCGGGCGUGAACGCAAAGCCAUGAAGGUGUUGCCCGUCGUUGUGGGUGUGUUUCUGGCCUGUUGGACGCCCUUCUUUGUAGUCCAUGUGACCAAAGUACUGUGCGAGUCAUGUGACAUUGGACCAACACUGAUCAGCGUAGUCACGUGGCUUGGUUAUGUCAACAGUGCCGUCAACCCCAUCAUCUACACUGCCUUCAACGCUGAGUUCAGGAACGUCUUUCACAAACUCCUGUGCUGUCGGUCAGGAGACUGAGU